AUGGCAGAAGAAGAGCAAAUCAUACAGGAGAUGGGAAACUUAACCGUGAAUGAGCCCGGACACGAGUGGGAGCACCCGAAUUUUACAAACAAUGGAGGUUUGGAGCCGACAAUACCACUAAAUUUGGGAACCCCAGAAAAUCCGAAGAAAUGGAAUUUGGUGUAUGUGGACGACAUCAUUGUGAAAGCGAAGAAAAGAGCGGAAUUUGUACCAAAUCUUAAGCGAGUUUUAUCUCGAUGUCGGAGCUAUGGUCUCAAUAUGAAUCAGGCCAAAUGCACAUUCGGGGUAACCUCUGGAAAAAUAUUAGGUUUUAAAGUCACUAAAGCCGGGAUUGAAGUAGAUGAGGAUAAGGCAAAAGCGAUUCUGACGAUGACGGCCCCAAAGAAUAAAGAAGAACUUCAAGCGUUGGUAGGCAAAGUUUCUUAUGUGAGGCGGUUCAUACCAGUUCUGGGUACCAGUAUGGAAAAUAUCCUUCCGUUGCUUAAGAAAGAAUCCAGAUGGAUAUGGGGAGAGGAGCAGCAAACAACACUUGAUAGAAUCAAAGCGUGUUUGAUGCACCCACAUGUGAUGCGCCCGCCAAUCCCAGGAGAACCCUUAUAUCUCUAUGUAGCAAACACAGACAAAGCGAUAGGUGCAGUGCUAGUUCAAGAUAUGGGGAAGGACAACCUGACCCCGAUCUACUAUGUCAGCAAGGCACUAAAAGAAGUGGAACUACGUUAUUUUCCAGCGGAAAAAGCGUGCCUCCCUCUAAUUCUGGCGGCACAGAAAUUAAGGCAUUAUCUACUGGCACAUCAGACAUAUGUUGUGGCUUCAGGAAACCCGAUAGCUUAUUUUUCUGCAACUACAAUCCCGUCAGGACGCAUGGCCCGUUGGUCAGUACAACUAUUUGAAUUCUCUCUCCAACCGGCGAAACCAAAAGGAAUUCGGGGUCAAGUUAUCGCAGACGUACUGGCGGCAUUUCCAGGAUGUGAAGCUACUCCUCUACAUGAGGACAUCCCCAGAGAAAUAGCCAUGACAGAGAAACUCAAGCCGUGGUUACUUUACUUCGACGGCUCGUCGCAUGGGGACAAAGGGGGCGCAGGAGUCGUCCUAAUUACCCCAAAUGACGAGUUGAUCUCCAAAGCUUCCAAACUCGACUUUCCCUGCACAAACAGCGUUACCGAAUAUGAAGCCUUUCUUCUCGGGUUGAAAAUUGCUAAAGAUCUGGGUGCCCGAAGCAUUGAGAAAAGUACCCAUUACAAUGAGAUGUUAGAUCUGUUCAAGAGAGUCAACAUCAACAUUCCUUUUCUUGAAGCAAUCAAGCAAAUCCCUGCUUAUGCCAAAUUCCUCAAAGACUUGUGUACUCAAAAGCGCAAGCUCAAUGUGCACAAACGUGCUUUCUUAGCUGAGCAGGUGAGUUCCAUCAUUCUGAACAAAACUCCACCCAAGUUUAGGGAUCCAGGAUGUCCAACAAUUUCUUGCACUAUAGGAGAACACACGGUCAAUAAAGCGUUAUUAGACCUAGGUGCAAGUGUUAACCUACUGCCAUAUUCUGUUUAUGAGCAGUUAGGUCUUGGGGAGAUGCCCUCACGUUGGUCGAGACAAGACCGCUCUAAAUUCCUGGCUGAAGUUAAACAUUUCCUUUGGGAUGACCCAUAUUUGUUUAAGUACUGCCCAGACCAAAUCAUUAGGAAAUGUGUCCCCAACACCGAAGCCUGUGAACGUUGUCAGAAGCUGGGAAGCAUUUCAAGGAGAAACAUGAUGCCAUUGAAUCCUAUUCUGAUUGUUGAGAUUUUUGAUGUUUGGGGGAUCGACUUCAUGGGUCCAUUUCCCAUGUCUGACAGCAAGUUGUACAUCUUAGUCGCCGUUGACUACGUCUCCAAGUGGGUAGAAGCCAUCGCAACCAGAACAAAUGACCACAAGGUGGUACUUUCCUUUUUAAAGGAAAACAUAUUUUCACGUUUUGGUACCCCGAGAGCUAUCAUCAGUGACGGUGGUUCACAUUUCUGCAAUAGGCACUUCGAGUUUUUAGUACGCAAGUAUGGAAUAACUCACAAGGUUGCUACUCCGUACCACCCUCAGACCAGUGGACAAGUGGAAGUGUCUAAUAGGGAAAUCAAGCACAUUCUAGAAAAGACGGUUAACCCGUCUAGGAAAGAUUGGUCAAUAAGAUUGAAUGAUGCUUUGUGGGCCUAUAGAACAGCGUAUAAGACACCAAUUGGCAUGUCCCCCUAUCGUCUAGUGUAUGGAAAGCCGUGCCAUCUUCCUGUGGAGUUAGAACAUCGAGCUUAUUGGGCAAUCAAGCAACUGAACUUUUCUCUGGACGAAGCUGGAAUUCAACGGAAACUUCAACUCAACGAGUUGGAAGAAUUGAGAAAUGAGGCUUAUGACAGUGCCAGGUUAUAUAAGCAGAAGAUGAAGAUAUUUCAUGACAAGCGUAUUCUACGCAAAUCCUUCACUCCUGGUCAGAAAGUCUUGCUGUAUGACUCCCGGUUACAUCUUUUUCCAGGAAAACUGCGUUCCAGAUGGAAGGGACCGUACCUAGUACGCACAGUUUUCCCUCAUGGAGCUGUAGAGCUUGAAGAUGUCUCCAACAAGAACAUU